UCGAGAUCCAGUUUGGUGUCAAAUGUUAUGGUGAGCGGUCGGAUUCGGGGGAAUCCAACAAGCAGUGGCGCCCUGCGAUCACCGGUCAUGCCGACAAAGGGUGCCGAGACCAAUGGACUCCAGCCCUGGGGUACGAGAUGCCUAGGACAUGGGAGAGAUGACACAUCUCACCAUGUGCACGAAGGAGGACAAGAAACUGCCGACAAUGGCCCAAGCACGUCCGUGGACUCGACGGCAGUCGUCCGUGGACCCGUUGCCUCAUCGAGCGACGACGAGAGUGAAUUCGUUCCGUCAACGACCCUUCUCGACAACGGCAUCUUACACAUUCGAGGGAAAGGAGCAUUGGGAAACAGGGUUACGUCGUCGACCACUCCCGCGACGCCGCUGAAGCGCAAGUACAACAACAUAAAAAAGGUGCAAAAGCGCAAGAUGCUCGACUCAGCACAAAGCACGACGCCUGAUACGAAGCGGACCAAAGCAACGUCGUCUUACGGUCCGACCAAUGGAUACUCCAAGAAGGUCUGGGCAUCGGACUCGGACGACACUGAAGCACGGGGAAAGAAGGAUGCUGCUGCCAUGUUGCACGAAGACUGGGCGUGGAAGGAAAUCGAUCAAGACUACAUGCGACUACCUUCCCGCAAGCAAAUGUUGUACAUACACACCCUCCAACAGGACGCCUGUCGAACUGUUGUGUCCAACCUCGGCGAUCUCCACGGCGCCGACAACGACUCACUUGUCCAGCCCAUCAUGGACGCACGAAUGUGCCACAUCGAUGGAAUUGCUGCAGCUGCUUCUAGCCCGCUUGAACGACCGCGACGUGGACGGUACUACAAGGACAUCUGGGCCGACGUCGACUAUCUGGACGCGUUGAAGACGUCUGCUACACACGACACGUCUGAAUUCGAAACGUACACGUCCAACCACGACCUGGUCGCUCGGUACGACGACGACGCGUACGAGCAGUUCGUGCACAGGUUGGAAGGCCAUCCCACAGACCCGCGAAUACGGCAACAUGCCAAGCUCGGCCAUGAUCACCAUCCUGCUGCUAGUUUGCAGACGUCUGCUACGUCUUGUGUGGUACAGACAAGCGCAUGUGUGACUGUUUACAAAACGAUUGUAGACACAACCUUGUCAGUCGCAUUCGGCGUCUUGGGGGGGGACGGCCUGCUUGGAUCCGCCGCCAGAAGCGGACGAAGUGUCGGCCGCGCUCGACAUGUGCAUCAAAGCGCUCGUGCCUCAAUCCGCCGCGAACUUCCAUGCCCUUGGCCACGUCUGCGGUAUAUCAACAUACGUGGAAGGAAUCGACCGAAGCUUACUGUGUCUAGAUCGAGUGGCCAACGAAGCCCAGCUGGAGCCGAUAUUUCACCAAGAAAGGCGCGUCGCCGCCGACAUUGAACGCUACUACCAGCGGUGGAAAGCGGGGGUGGACAUCGAGUUGCGCGGUGCGUCGGUCCUGUCGGCGUGGCGGGAGGCGCUGUGGUCCCAAGACUUUACCCCCACACAAAUCAGAGCCGUGGAAUUCGCCGUCCGCUUUGCCACGUACGGGAAAAUGCUUUGCAUGUUGCUGUGUAUCAUUUUUGAAUGGUAGGACAUUGCAGCGGGGGGACGGCGUGGACUUUCUCGAUCACACGGGGCAGUGGGAGCCAGGGUUUGUUGUGGACGUGUUUGUCGAAUCGGCCGACGUGCUCAGCCACGCCAAGAUCCAGCUGCUGCAGCAUGGCGCCGUGUCCCAGGAGUGGUGCUGCGUGUUCAGCGGUCGCCUCAUGCCCCCGGGCACCAAUACCCGCCGGACCGCGGUCGCCCUCGACGUCAAGAUUCACCCCGCGCCGCAUGCCGUCCAGCCGCCGUCGGUCGGAGGACAUUUGAAGCGAGUGACCGCGGUGGCAUCAACGGCAUCGUCAUCGUCGUCCCAUCCAAACACCCCCGACGCCCGGACAAAGCACGAGUCCUAGUACAUCAAGUAGGACGAGUAUGUAGUCGCCGCCGUCAUUGGCACCUUGUAACUGUAACCUUAAUAUCUACCCCGCCCCGUCCAAC